UGGACUUAUGGUGGACGUAGUUGCAUAUUCUUUUGACAGAAAUUAAGAGAGAUGGCUACACAAAAAGAAGAGGAGAAACUUCCUCUUUUUGAAACCCAGCAAGCCAAAGGAAGAGUUCUAUUCAGGCUCUUUGCUUGUACAGUUUUUGUAGGAAUAUGUUUCAUAUGGAUUUAUAGAAUCAUAUAUUUCCCAAUAUCAUCAUCAUCAUCAUCGGUAGCAAGAUUAUGGGUUUGGGUUGUCAUGUUCAUGGCGGAGCUCUGCUUCGGUUUUUUCUGGAUUUGCAAUCAGUCUCUUCGUUGGAACGUUACUUAUCCUCACCCUUUCAAACACAGGCUCUCACAAAGGUAUAAAGACAAGUUAUUACCAGGAGUUGACAUUUUUGUAUGCACGGCAGACCCCACGAUGGAGCCACCAACUAUGGUGAUCAACACAGUUUUAUCCUUAAUGUCAUACAAUUAUCCCACUGACAAACUUGCUGUUUAUCUUUCCGACGAUGGCGGAUCAGACUUGACGUUCUAUGCUCUCCUUGAGGCAUCUAAAUUCGCCAAAUAUUGGAUUCCUUUCUGCAAAUCAAACAAUAUUGAACCAAGAUCUCCUGAGGCCUUCUUCGGACAGGAUAGUAAUGUGCAAUAUGCUCAAGAUUGGUUAGCUGUUAAGAAUUUAUAUGAAGAAAUGAAGAAAAGGAUUGAAUCAACGAUAAAAAGAGGUGCCAUUCCAGAGGAUAUAAGGAAUCAACACAAAGGAUUCUCAGAAUGGAACCCAAAAGUUACAAAAGGAGAUCAUCAACCCAUUGUGCAGAUUGUUGUUGAUGGAAGGGAUGAAACUGCUGUAGAUAUCAACGGUUGUCGAUUGCCAACACUUGUGUACUUGGCAAGAGAGAAAAGACCCCACUUCCCUCAUCACUUCAAAGCUGGAGCCAUGAAUGCUUUGAUAAGAGUUUCAUCAGAGAUAAGCAAUGGGCCUAUCAUUCUUAACUUAGACUGUGACAUGUAUGCAAAUGAUUCAGAUGUGGUUCUUGAUGCACUCUGUUUCUUCAUGGAUGAAGAAAAAGGCCAUGAAAUUGCUUUUGUUCAAUAUCCUCAAUGUUUCAGCAACAUUACCAAGAAUGAUCUCUAUGCGAAUUCGUACUAUGUUGUUAAUAAGGUUGAACUUCCUGGCAUGUGUGGAUAUGGUUCAGCCUUGUACUGUGGCACUGGAUGCUUCCAUAGAAGAGAAAGUCUCUCUGGAAAGAAUUACUCUAGGGGAAAUAAAUUGAAAUUGGACAAUUUUGAUUCUGAAAGAAAUGAUAAAAGAACUGUAGAUGAACUAGAAGAAGCAUCUAAACUUGUUGCUAGCUGUUGCUAUGAGAAGGACACCCUAUGGGGCCAAGAGAUGGGAUUAAUAUAUGGGUGUCCAGUUGAAGACACAGUUACUGGCUUGACAAUCCAAUGCAGGGGAUGGAAAUCAAUCCACUACUCUCCAAACGAUAGAGAAGGCUUCUUGGGUGUAGCUCCAAAUACCUUGGAAGUGGGUUUGAUUCAACAUAAGAGGUGGUCUGAAGGACUUUUUCAGAUUUUCUUAUCCAAAUAUUGCCCUUUGUUAUAUGGGCAUGGCAAGAUAAAAAUUGGUGCCCAAUUGGGAUAUUGUGCUUAUCUUUUAUGGGCUCCUAUUUCCUUGCCUACACUAUACUAUGUAAUUGUUCCUCCUCUUUGCUUGCUCCAUGGCAUUCCCUUAUUCCCUCAGGUCUCAAGCUUCUGGUUCAUACCGUUUGCAUAUGUUUUCAUAUCCAAGAAUAUUUAUAGCAUGGUAGAAUCUUUAACUUGUGGUAGUAGUAUUAAAGCUUGGUGGAACUUGCAAAGAAUGUGGGUAAUUCGAGCAACGACGUCAUACUUCUUCGCGUUCAUCGACACAGUUAUCAAACAAUUAGGCUUAUCACAAACAUCUUUCGCCAUUACACCUAAGGUGGUAACAGACGAUGUGUUAAAGAGGUACCAGAAAGAGGUAAUGGAGUUUGGAAGCUCAAGCAUAAAGUUCACCUUGGUAGCAACACUAGCAUUGGUCAAUCUUUUCAGCUUAGUUGGUGCAAUAAGCAAAAGGAUUAUUGAUUUGGACAUGAAUUUCCAGAUUAUAGAAAUGUUUGCCCCCCAAAUUUUUCUGUCUGGACUCAUGAUUCUGGUUAAUUUGCCAGUCUACCAUGCCCUCUUUCUCCGCCACGAUAAGGGCCGUAUACUGCCGGCUGUCUUGUUCAAGUCUAUAGUUUUAGCUUCAUUGGCAUGCUUGAUACCGAUAAAUUAAAACCUUUGUGAACGUUGUUGCUGGUCUGUUAGCUAAGGUACAGGCAAUUUCGUCUGUUAGCUAAGUCACACAUUCUAUCUCAGAUAUAUCAAUCUCUUAGCUUUAUUGUGGA